GGCGGCGGUGUGAAGACCGGUACCGGCUCGCGGGACCAGUGUGACAAUUUCGCUCCUUUCGCCGACGAGACCCGAGGAAAGAGUACCAGAAAAGAAUACCAUGGGGCGAACAGUGAACGAAGAUUCAAUGGAUGCCAAGAAGGAGAAUCAAGAGAAAGCUCCUCACUCAGGUACAUCUUCUGUACAAAAUGAUGAUUUCCACUGGGAAAAUUACUUGAAAGAGACUGGAUCUUUGAGUGCCCCUUCAGAGUGUUUCAGACAGUCCAAGGUUCCACCAGCUAAUGACUUCAAAGUUGGUAUGAAAUUGGAAGCCCAUGACCCUCGCAAUAUGACUUCAGUAUGUAUAGCCACGGUCAUUGGAAUUACUGGUGCCAGGCUACGUUUAAGACUGGAUGGUAGUGACAACAGAAAUGAUUUUUGGAGACUUGUCGAUUCUCCAGACAUACAGCCUAUUGGGACAUGUGAAAAGGAAGGGGACUUACUUCAGCCUCCACUGGGGUAUCAGAUGAAUGCGUCAUCUUGGCCAAUGUUCCUCUUACGAACACUGAAUGGAUCUGAAAUGGCACCUGCGACAUUCUUUAAGAAGGAACCACCAAAGCCACCUCUAAAUAAUUUUAAAGUGGGAAUGAAACUUGAAGCUAUAGACAAAAAGAACCCUUAUCUGAUCUGCCCUGCAACUAUUGGAGAUGUUAGAGGAGAUGAAGUUUAUAUCACAUUUGAUGGCUGGAGUGGAGCUUUUGAUUACUGGUGCAAGUACGAUUGUCGAGAUAUUUUCCCAGUUGGGUGGUGUCGCCUGACAGGAGAUGUAUUACAACCACCUGGAACUCAUGUGCCUGUUACAAAGAAUAUAGCAAAAACACAGUCUUCUGUUUCCAAAGCAACCCAACGUUCAAUGCAGUCUCCACAGAAAACUGCUGUAAUAUUACCAACACAGCAGAUCAGGAAAUCAGGUCGCAUUAAACCACCUGCACAGACUUCAGUCCCUAAGAAGGGAAGUGCUGUUAAAAAUCUUACACCAAGGACAAAAGGCCCAAAAAAGGAAAAAUAUUUUCCUGUUUUGUGUUCUACAUCUUCAGCCUCUAUAAAUUCCCUGGCCAGAAAGCGUCGUGUUUCGUAUGAUAAGGAUGCUGCUCCUGGCACAUCUAAAAUAGUGAUGUCAACAGUCUGUGUCUAUGUAAACAAACAUGGAAAUGCUGGCCCUCACCUGGAUCCGAAGAAAAUCCAGCAGCUGCCUGACCACUUUGGCCCGGGCCCCGUGAAUGUGGUGCUCCGGAGGACCGUGCAGGCCUGUGUGGAUUGUGCCAUUCAAAGUAAGACUGUUUUUGGAUUUCUUAAGCCAGAUCAUCGUGGAGGAGAAGUGAUAACUGCUUCCUUUGAUGGGGAAACUCACUCUGUCCAGCUCCCUCCAGUGAAUAGUGCAUCAUUUGCUCUUCGCUUUCUUGAGACCUUAUGCCAUAGCUUGCAGUGUGAUAACCUUCUGAGUAGCCAGCCUUUUAGCUCUUACAGAGGUACUACUCCUAGUCCUGCAGAGCAUGAUAAAAAUAAAUCAGUAAAAGAAGACAUAACAGAAAAGAAAAGCCCCAAACGGCCUUCUCAGGAACCUAUACCUUAUGUUGUUCCUGUGUCACCUAAGCUCCCCAAAACAAAGAUGCAUGCCUCUAAAGAAGAACUACUGUCUUCUGAGGGAAAUGGCAUGCCCAAAGAGGAAAAGCUUCCUGAAGAUUCCAAAAACUCACCACUAAAUCCAGCAAAUUCUUUAAGCCCUACCAGCAGAAAUCCUGUAAGCACUCAUACUGUAGUCUCCAGGAAUUUUUCUCCAAGUGUGCCUGGCAUCUCAAGUUCACCACUAGUGGGGACCAGAUCUACCAAGAGCAGUCACCAUGAAGUUAAAUUCCAAAUGCAGAGGAAAAGUGAAGCUCCAAGUUAUAUAGCUGUACCUGACCCCAGUGUCCUGAAACAAGGCUUCUCUAAGGACCCUUCAACCUGGUCUGUGGAUGAAGUGAUACAGUUUAUGAAACAUAAAGAUCCUCAGAUAUCAGGCCCCCUCGCCGACCUCUUCAGGCAACAUGAAAUUGAUGGGAAGGCUCUGCUACUACUCAAAAGUGAUGUGAUGAUGAAGUACAUGGGGCUGAAGCUGGGCCCAGCAUUAAAGUUAUGUUACUACAUUGAAAAACUUAAAGAAGGAAAAUACAAUUGAAAAAAA